AUGGCACCUAGCAAUCAACCAUUUACUUUGCGUUCAAUUCUUGAGAAAGAUAAGUUGAAUGGAACAAACUAUGCGGAUUGGAUCCGCAACCUGAGAAUCGUUCUCAGGGCUGAGAAAAAGGAAGAAAUUCUAGACACCCAUUACCACAAGAGCCUGCUGAUAAUGCACCUGCUACAGAGAAAAACGCUUACAAGAGAGCAUUUGCAGUUUGACAAUAACCAUGUAACGCACGAUAUGAUCGUGGCGCUCAAUGAUAUGUUCCAGACUCAAGCCAGGACUGAAAGGUUCAAUGUCUCAAAGGCUUUUGCUGAAACCAAGCUAGCAGAGGGCGCAGCAGUUGGGCCACAUGUGAUCAAAAUGGUUGGUUACACUCAGAGGUUGGAGAAGCUGGGCUUCCCAAUUGGCCCUGAAUUAGCUACUGAUUUUAUUCUCGCGUCUCUUCCGCCCAGCUAUGGAAAUUUCAUCACAAACUACCAUAUGCAUGGGGCAGAGAAUGGCUUGAAUGAAUUAUGUGGCAUGCUUAAAAUAGCAGAGGCUGAUAUCAAGAAAGGUGCUGGUAGUAGCCAUGUGAUGGCGGUCCAAAACAAGCCUAAGUUUAAGAAGAAGGGCAAUUCUUGGAAGAAGGAAAAGGGCAAGGCUAAAGAUGAGAUCUCUAAGCCAAACCCACUUGCGCCCAAGGCUGGACCACCUGCUGAUGCUGAGUGCUUUCAUUGUCAUGGGAAAGGUCACUGGAAGAGGAACUACAAGCUGUACCUGGAAUCCAUAAAGUAUCGCGGCAGUAAAGGUCAUAUAAGUGAGAAUCGCAUGAAGAGGCUCCAUUCUGAUGGGCUUUUAACUUCGUUUGAUUUUGAAUCAUACGAGACAUGUUUUGUGUUCACAAUAAAUGGUGGUGCUGUAAGUUGGAAAAGUUCCAAGCAGGAGACGGUGACCGAUUCUACAGCAGAGGCCGAGUACAUUGCAGCUUCUGGAGCUGCGAAGGAAGGUGUUUGGAUGAGGAGGUUCCUCAUUGAACUUGGUGUGUUUCCGAAUGCGUCCAGCCCAUUGAAUCUACAUUGUGACAACAAUGGGGCAAUUGCGCAGGCUAAGGAGCCAAGGAAUCACCAAAAGAACAAACAUGUACUAUGGAAAUUUCACCUCAUUUGA